GUCAUCUUAAUCCAACCCAACCCCCGUUCCAAUGCUCACCUACUUUACAAUACCACCACAACUCUGAUUAUAUUACUCCUAACAACGUUCAUAAAACACUAAACCCCAAUAUAAAUAUACUAAAACCCCAUUUGUUUUUACAGUGAGAGAAGAAAGUUACGCUUUCUAAGCAACAAAAGAUAAUGAUAUACUCGCAAGCUUCUUAACUUUUACCACAACACUCUCACUUUCUCGAUUCUUGAACAAAUCUCGAUAUAAAUUACUCAAGUUUCGAUUCAUUCAAGGAAGGAAGCACUAGCAUGCAAGAGCUCAGAAGCUAUUUUAUACGUUUCAUCACCUUGCUUUUUGCCUAAACAAUGCAAACCUUGCAGCAGAAGAAGACUAGUAGACCCAUCGUUUCUUGGUCUUCUCAGGAAGAUGAUAUCUUGCGGGAACAGAUUCGGGUUCAUGGCACUGACAACUGGUCGAUUAUUGCUUCGAAUUUUACUGAUAAGACCACAAGGCAGUGCAGGAGAAGAUGGUAUACUUAUUUGAAUUCUGAUUUUAAGAAAGGGGGAUGGUCACCUGAGGAAGACAUUCUUCUAUGUGAGGCUCAGAAGAUUUUUGGUAAUAGAUGGACUGAAAUAGCGAAAGUAGUAUCAGGCAGAACUGAUAAUGCUGUGAAGAAUCGAUUCUCUACUUUAUGUAAAAAGAGAGCAAAGCGAGAGGCGUUAGCUAAACAAAACGCAACUAGUUAUGUCAACUUGAACAACAAAAGGGUUAUUCCUCGACUUGAUGCUGAUGAGGAUGAAUUAUCAGAAACUGGAGUGCUUCAUAAGAAGAUAAGAACAAAUGAAAGCUCUGAUAUGACUGAAAGAUCGCGAGAGGAAUUCAGAGAAAUGGACGAACAAAUUAGACCACCAUUCGCGGUAAUGGUCCAAGACUUUAACAUUUUGAGGGACCUGGAAACACAAGCCAGCACCGACUUGAUUCAAGGUAUAUAUCUCAAGAAGGAUGACCCGAAGAUUAUAGCACUAAUGCAACAAGCAGAACUACUCAGUUCACUUGCACUUAAAUUUGAUGCAGAGAACAAAGAUCAGAGUAUUGAUAAUGCUUGGAAGAUUCUCCAAGAAUUUCUCAAUCAAAGCAAAGAUGCUGAUAUGAUCAGAUUAAGGAUCACCGAUGUGGAUUUUGAACUUGAGAAUUCUAAAGACUCGGUUAGUAGAGAUGACAUCCAACAGUCUUGGAGGGCAUCACAUUUCUAUGCAGAUUCUCCAAGUAGCUCCGAGUAUAGUACUGGAUCAACACUUUUGACCCAUUUAACAGUUGAUAAACCAGACCGUAUUGCAGCUGAUGCAUCUGAUGCGUAUCAUAACUCAGCUCAUCCUCAAUCAAAUCAGAUAGGACAGUCGAUAGUUGAUUCUGUUGUUGAGAAGCACACCGUCUCCUGCACAACUAAUCAAACUAAAGAAAUUUUACCAAUAUCAAGUCUUGUGCCACCUUGUGAUGAUUUAAAUGAUGAUAUGGGAAUGGUUUACGACCUCCCGAGCAAUGAAUUAAACUCCCCACCUCAAGUAGCCCCCGUGUUCAGAUCGUUGGCAUCAGGGAUCCCCAGCCCACAAUUUACAGAAAGUGAAAGGCACUUCCUACUCAAAACUCUUGGUGUGGAGACUGCAUCUCCGAACCCAAGCACAACAGCUUCAAGACCACCACCCUGCAAAAGGGCUCUUCUCCAAAGUCUCUGAUCAACCACUGGUUUUCUCACGAGACGUCUUUUACUAUUAUUCACAACUACAGGUUUUAUCUUCAGUUUUGGAGUUCUUUUUUCACUUGAAUUGCAGUCAUUCCCACCUAAAUUUUUACAGGUCUACCAAAAUCAGAUCUGCCUUGAACUCUAGAAUGCAACGGUGCAUCCUAGAUUCAUUCCCAUGAAGAUUUUGUCCUAUGUUCUGCAUUCUUGUUUGCAUCACCAACGCUAAUAUCCACAUUGCACACCAAUGUGUUCUGGUAGCGAAAUUCUUUUGUUUAUCUUCUUUCGGGUCUUGAAUACGGUUAUUCAAUUCUCCAUAAAUAUUUUUGCCUUGGAGUGUCCUUUUGUACAUGACUUACAACAUAAUUCCUUAGUUUUUAAGAGUGUAACUAUACAUUGGCUCGUCGCCAAUUUAACCCCUUGUAGAGCAAAGGAUGACAAUAAGGGGAAGACUAUAGUAAAACGUAGAAAGAGCUAGAAGGAGCAUCAACCAAAAUGAACUCCUUUUACUUAGUUUGUUUAGGUGUGCAGAGGGUUUCGGUAUAACUUCUCAUUGUAUUCACUUCUCUUUUUACGCCUUGGUUUUCAAUGUAAUUUGACACAAAGAUUACUGAGUGUUUGAAGAAUGUGGUUUUGAUGGAAAAUUGUUGCAGAAA